GAGCACCGAAUCGGACAAUGUGCAGGCGAUGACAGAGACGAGCCAAGUUACUGAAACACUUCUGGAGGCUAACAUCGAACAGGAAAGAGCAGCUGAUAAUGUACCCGAAUCUGUGGCCCAGCCUACGGGAGAAUCUGCAUCUCUUCUCGCAAAAGCGGACGACGAUGUGUCAACAGCGACUAUCUGGAGUUCUGUUGCUAACAUGACUAACAACGUUUUGGGAGCAGGGUUGGUCGCGCUCCCAUAUUCAAUUAGUCAGUGUACGCUGGUCCCUGGAAUUCUGCUCCUUAUUUUUAUGGCCUUUGUAGCUAGCUUUUCGCAGUACGUGAUUGUGAGCACUUGCCGCCUCGUCGACAAGUACACUUACAAGGAGGUGGGAAUUGCGGCUCUGGGCAAAACGGGCGGUAUCUUGAUUUCUCUCAUUAUGCUCCUUUACACCACAUUGUCCUGUACUUCCUAUUUUGUCAUCAUCGGUGAUCUGCUUCUCGGCAUCUGCGGGUACUUCUUCCCUAAUGUCGAAUUCCUUCAGUCUCGAUCGAUCGUCGUGCCCUGUGUCUGCGUCGCCUUCAUCUUCCCUCUCUGCAUGAUGCGAACCGUUGACUCCCUCCGCUACGUCUCCGUCGUAUCGGUGCUCGCAGUGGUCGGAGUCGUGGUCGUGAUCGUGCAGCAGUUCAUCGAGUACCACCAUGUGAACGAGACCGUGGAGAUCAUGCACUGGAGCUCCGGGUUCAUCCGCAUGGUGCCGGUCGUCUGCGUGUCCUACAACUGCCACUACAACGCUCCUCGCUAUUACAAGGAGUUGAAGAAUCGCAGCAUGCCGCGUAUCAGCGUGGUCGUUGCCUGCUCCACGCUCAUCGUUUUCCUUCUCUAUCUCGCCGGAUCGGUCUGCGGAUAUCUGCAGUUCGGAAACCAGACGCUCGGAGACAUCUUGAAGAACUACCCCUCCGAUGCGCUGGCGCCCGCGUUGGGUCGACUUGGUCUGCUGGUGGCACUCGUUUUCACCUUCCCCGUGGCCUAUUUCGCCGUGAGGAACAACCUGCACACAUUGUUCUGCAGCUCGCUGCAUUUCCAUGGAAUUUGGCUUCGACUUGCGACUGCCGUGGGCGUUCUGCUGGUCACUUGCACGGUGGCUGUGUUUGUGGAGCAAGUGGAAUAUGUGAUUGGAUUUAACGGAUCGCUGUUUGGAUCUGGACAAAACUCCAUUGUGGAAGAGCGGAAUGAAGAUUAGUGCCCUGCUGUUACUCUGUUUCGGAGUAGUGAUCUGCGUUGGAGGCACGUAUCUCACCGCUGUUAAGCUUUUU